CCUACAUACAAUGCUAAUCCCGAUGAUAAAAUCGCUAAAAUAUCAUAAAUGACAAUGAAAUAUCUUUCUUCUGCUGUUCAGUCGCGAUUCAGUGCAUCCUCACGAAUACAUUCUUUCGAAAAAGCAGUUGAGGAACUGGUUUACAAUGCAUUGGAUGCAAAUGCCACUUCCAUUGCUAUUCGUUUACACAUUGAAGAGCAUUCAAUACAAGUUAUAGACAAUGGAGAUGGUAUCUCAAAAGAAGACAUGAACCAUGUUGGAAAGAGAUACAUGACCAGCAAAACUGUUGACUUAACAACACUGAAGGCAUCACCCCAGUCUUAUGGAUUUCAAGGGCAGUCCUUGGCUAGUUUAGUUGAAGUAUCCCGGGUUGUAAAUAUUACAUCCAAAACUGAUCAGUCUGAAGAUACUUGGGAGAAGUCAUUUCAAAAAGGCAAAGAAAAGGAUGUAUUGCCUUCUGCUACCAGACCAUCAAAGGGUACCACGGUAAACAUAAAAGGCUUCCUUUACAACCUCAAAAUCCAGAAACAGGCAGUGAACUCACUGAGGGAAAUACAAAAUAUUAAAAGUUUCCUGGAGUGCAUAUCUUUGGUUCACAACAAUGUAUCAAUCAGUUUAAGAGACAACUCAAAAAAUGAGAUAAUAUUUCAAGUCAAUAAAUGCAGAAAUAUUUAUCAAACCUUAGCUACUAUUUUCUCAUUAGAAAAGGAUAAAAUACUGGAGUUCAGAGUUGAAAAGAAGUGUUAUGGAGUGACAGCCUAUAUGGGAAAAGUAGUAUCUGAAGAGAAUGAAAAUCAUUGGAUCUAUUUGAAUGGCAGGUUUAUGCCACAAUGUAAUUUGCACCAUAUUCUGGAUUCCAAUAUAGCAAAGUUAUUCAAUUUGAAGAAGCAAAUUAAAACUAAGAAAUUAUUGAAGACAGCAUAUCCAGAAGACGAAGAUGUUUUUAAGAAACAUAUUCCCUUUUAUUAUGUUUUCAUCACAUGCCCAUAUGAUGACUAUGACUUCAAUACUACAUCUAAACAAAACACGGUAGAGUUUAAAAAUUGGAAUGAAGUAACUAAACUGUUAGAAAAACUUGUCCAAUUCUACAGUGGAAAUAUAACAACUAAAGAAAAUAAAAUUCAAACUGAUCAAAUUGGUAACAAAAUGGAAUCUGACACUCGAGAUGAAGUAAAAAAAAUAAUGGAUAGAAUACUGAAAAGUAAUUCAAGAAAACUGGGCAUUUCACAGUUGCAAAAUGGAGUGAAAGGAAAAAUAGUGAAAAGGUGUAAAAAGAAGAAUAACAAUUCGUCUAUGAAAAAAAACAUCGAUACUAGUAACCAAAACCAAGAAAACUCAGAUUUAAUAAAUACUGCCGACGAAAAAAUAGAUCCAGACGUGAACGCAAUUUUACCAAUACCAAUAGCAACUUCCAGUAAACUCGUGCAAACAGAGCUUACCCCCAAUCUUAAAAGACAGCAAUCUAAUAAGAAGGGAAUAAUGAACAAAAGGCGAAUCGAAAAAAAUAUACCAAAAGAAAUAGGUCUCAAUACUAAUAUCAAACAUCAAAUCGCAAAACAAACACCAAAAGCUUUCACCCGACACUCUGAUGUUUUGAUUAGAGCCUUUCAGCAUGCUAAUUCUACAAUGAAGAAACGUUGCAAGUUACUAAGCAAGAACAUUAAUAAAUUGCAACCAUUUAGAAAAACAAGGAAGAAUGAAGUAUUUAGUCAAUACACUAUAAAGACAAAGAACCAACAUAUCACUGUUAGGAAAAGAGUUGGAAAAUUUGUUGUUCAUAACGUCCCAGCAAUGCCCCCAAAAUUUGAGGAAAUAACUGAUGAAUUUUUGAAGAAACCUGUUGACAAGAAUUUAAUUUCAUCUAAAGAUCUCUUACAGACUAUUUUGCCAACCCAAAAACAAUCAAUGAAAAAUGGUAAAGAAGUCGGUACUUACACACCGAAAACUCCGUGCCGAAAUCCAGAAUUCAAGAAACAUAAAUAUGUCGAAAAAAAUAAAGAGACUGCUAUCGCACCAAUAAAAAUAAUGGAAGUUAACGAACUAAGUUGCCAUGGAGCACAAUUAACAUAUGACAGUCACAGUUAUACAAAACAUGCCACAGUAGAUUCGCAUAUCGGUAACUCUGUGGAUGUCAUGUCUGGAAUUGUUAAUACUCGAUUUAUAACAAAAACAUCAAGAGAAAACUUUAUAGGAGAAACUGAUAAAAGUAAUCUCCUCCAGACUAAAUCUAAACGAAAUAAAUCAAAGAAGAAGCAGGCUGUUAAGUACAAUACAGUCAAAGCCUCAGUUAUAAAUGAAUUAAAUCAAAUGAAAAAUUCCUCGUAUGCAAUAGAAUUUUCCAAUUGUGAUAUGGACCAAAGCCACAACCAUUACACGAAACAUAUGGAUAAAUUUCUCAAUUGUAGAGAUGGGAGUGACAUUUCAAAUCUCUUACCAGACCUCUUGCAAAAUGGGACUUACAGUUUAAAUAGAUUUUCAGUUUUUUCGGAACGAAUCGAGAAAAGCUGCCGUAGGUUUGAAUCUUCUGAUUUUGUGGAAAAUUCCUAUAACGCCACAUAUACUAUUCACCAAUAUGAGGAAAAACAACACCAUGUGCCGGAAUCGAACUAUCCCCCCAUAGAAAGUAUCUCGCCGAAUACUGAAGAAACCGAAAAAGACGCUAUGAAUAAAGAUAACUAUGAACCAAAUUCCCAAAAUGAUGUGAACCCAUUAAAUAUUUGUGAGACCGUACUAAGUUCUUCCUCUAUGCAUUACGAGGCUCCUGGUUCAAUGCUUACUGAAAAUGAACUUAUAGAUUUGUUGAAUCAUCAGAACACCAUCAGCAACAUUCAAAAUGAAUCAAAAAGCGUUGUCCCUAAUGAAGAUAAUUAUGUUAAGGAUGGAGUAAUUGGUGAUAUACUUUCAUUGCCAUCCGACGCAAUGGCUACAUGUAAUGCUGUUGAAGAAACCUCUCACCAUUUUAAUGAAUCGAAGCAUACAAUCAAUAAAUGUGCUUCUGAUAAAAUAACAUAUGAAAACGUCGAUCAAAUUAGAAGCCCUGAUUAUACAACAAAAACAUGUAAUGAUAUGGAUGAACCUGGCAUCAUAAAAACAUUUAAGAUAGAUGGGAACAUUUUGCGUAUCCAUAAAGAAACUGGUAUGAUUCUUCAAAAUGAAGUGGAUGAUAUCCAAAACAAUUUCAAAAUCAAUGUAAUAAAUAGGCCUCGAUUUGUUCCUAAAGGUAUGUCACAAAUACUUGGAAAUCGCCGGAUAAUUCCUGCAAUGGAUUAUUAUUUGGACGAAGAUUACUUUCAUGAAAAUUUAUACAAUGAAUUUAAUGAAGCAGUAGAAACAAACACCGAAAUAUUUGAACCUAACAUUGAUUACGUCAAUAAUACCACUACCAAAGAUAACGUCAAAGUAAACCAGAAGUUAUCGAAGGAUAAUGCAUCAUUGAACUUUGAUGCAGUCAACUUAAGAGCAGCCGAGUUACAAGGACAAGUAGAUGACAAGUUUAUCGCAGCUACAAUCAAAGGCAAGACGGGUCAAUCGGGAGAUUUGAGGAAAUACCUGGUGCUAUUUGACCAACAUGCUGUACAUGAACGAAUUAGACUGGAGAGCAAUCUUGCUGAAUACAUGUCAAACAAUGAGUGGAAGAGUGUAGAUCUGGAUGAAAUAAGUAUUAAAUUGAAACCCGAUGAAAUACAUUAUCUUCAUAACUAUAAAGAUAAAUUCGCCCAACUUGGAUUAAAAUGGAAGACAGUUGAUGAAAGUGAAAUAAGUAUUACUGGAAUACCGCAAGCUAUUAUUGGAAACAAUACUAGACAGGUCGAUAUCAUAAUGAAAUCCGCGAAGAACCUGAUUCUAGAAGAAAUAGAAGCGAUAAAAUCACAAAAAGGAUCUAUUUGCUUGUAUCCUAAAUCAAUCAUGAAUCUAGUGUUUAGCGAGGCCUGCAGAUACGCUAUAAAGUUUGGGGACAAACUCUCUCAGACAGAAUGUACGAAGCUUCUGAGAGACUUGUCGGAAUGUAAGACUCCUUUUCAAUGCGCCCACGGCAGGCCAGUUAUGGCUGUUAUAACGGAGUUAAAGAAUAGGAAAGCAGAAUAUAAGAUAAACUUCACUAAAGUUGCAGACUUCAAAAGAAACUUGGGAAAGUUAUAAAUUACGAGAAACACUUUAACGGAAAUUAAAAAUCGCCACAUUAUCGUAUCC